GCAUCCUACAUCUUUCCCACGUACGAUACUCAACAAACCUACACUCAACUCUACACGAUCGAAUCAACCUCCUAAACCAUCGAUUGAGACUUUGCUACCUAUCGCAACAAACCAGACCACACGCAAGAUGUCACGACGAGCUCUCCUGAGCGUCCCUCGCGCAAUCAGCGCCUCGGUCCAAUGCUCCGUUCGACCUACUUUCGCCUCCCGCACACCUCUUCUCAGACCUGUUAUUACACAACCGACACAGAGGAGAUCAUAUCAUGAAAAGGUGUUGGAUCACUACUCGAACCCACGAAAUGUUGGAUCCAUGGACAAGAAUGCAGACGAUGUUGGUACAGGUCUCGUUGGUGCCCCCGCCUGCGGUGAUGUGAUGAAGUUGCAAAUCAAGGUCGACCCAGAUACGCAGAAAAUCUCCGAAGUCAAGUUUAAAACCUUUGGCUGCGGUUCGGCCAUCGCUUCGUCAUCAUACCUCACAGAGCUCGUCCGGGGCAUGACCCUUGAACAAGCGGGCAAGGUGAGAAAUACAGAGAUUGCGAAGGAGUUAUGCUUGCCCCCAGUCAAGCUUCACUGCUCUAUGUUGGCUGAGGAUGCUAUCAAGUCAGCCAUCAGCAACUACUACACCAAGAAUCCUAACGCCAGGCAGACCGACUUGGGCAGUGCGUCAGCAAGCAUGCCGAAGAUCGAAAUUGAAAAGGUUACUUCGACGACAGAUACCGGAGCGAGCGCCACUGCAUAAAAUGCCAACCGAAAUAGGUGGAUGGUGGAGGAAAAUAUUGUGUGAAUAUACCCUCAACGAAUGCAAAUUGUCUGGGACGGACGGCGUUUGGGCAGGACGUUGUACAUUGCGCUUGCAACAUUUCUUCACUCGCUCGUCGAUUCCGAUUCCCCCAUGCGUAUUGGAAAUGAUGUGGAUACAUAAGUGAUCCAGUGGUCGUCGGUUGGAGGAAGCAAGGUUGAAAAUUGCAGGACCAGUGAUCCGCAUCUCCACGAUUCCAGGGUUCCAUGGCCGAAGUUAGCUGUUAUGGGGGCCCUGGAGUUCGUGUUGAGUUUGUCCUCGGACAGUGUGGUUUCAGUCUUCUUUCCUAGUUACAGAAGCCUGUCUUUAUUUGUAACCAAUGCAAAGUCAUUUUCGCGCUGA